UGUUUGAUUUCCUUCUCGGACUGUCAUGGCGGCCAGUACGGUGGGGCGGAGGGGGCAUAGUAACAUGAAUACGCUGUCUUUAUCCGGGAAGGAGAUGGCCCGGUGGCUAGGUCACGGCGUACUUGUAUUCCUCAUUCUCUCCUUGUUGCUCCCAGCCGGUGCUCGGGCUAAUGUGUGCAGAGUGAAGGUUGGAGAAGGAAGAGAAUCUGAAAACUGUGGAACAAAUAUCGAUUUGGAGCAUUCGUUUGAACUUGAUGACAGUAUCCACUUCAAAAAGAGAGGGUCGCUGAUCCUGAACCCUUCCCCAGACCAGAGUGUUUCUAUUUUACAGAAGCAGCUGACGGAGGAUGAGAGGAACAGAUUAAGGGAUAUCGCAAACCUGAAUGGACUUUAUAGAGUACGGAUCCCUCAUAAGCUAGGACUAUCUGAAGAAUCUAGUCAUUAUGUUACAUCAUUUGUCCGGGCGUGCUCCAUGGUCGAAUCUCACCUCUCAGAUCAACUCACUGUUCACACGGACAUUUCUGGGAAUAUUGUCGGUAUUUCCAUAGUCACCCUGCCAGGGUCCUGCAAUGGUGUAGAGGUGGAGGAUGUGGAUCUAGAGCAGUUCAAUACCACUGUCUAUAUUCAGCAGCCUAUUCCUGCAGCAGUACCUGAAACUGCAGCUUUCAUAGAGCGCUUGGAGAUGGAACAAGCCCACAAAGCAAAAAAUCCACAAGAACAGAAAUCCUUUUUUGCUAAAUAUUGGCAUAUAAUUCUAGGAGGGGCAAUGUUGCUAAUGUUAACCAAUUCGGCGAAACUUCCGAGGGAGCCGGCACAACAGGCCUGAGGAACUGAAUGGAUGUACAUAAUCCCUGUUGUACUAUUUUUGAUGAUGUCUGGGGCGUCGGAUGCUGGCAACCAAGGAGGAAACGGCGGAGGUGGUGGCAA